AUGUUAAUAUUGUUAAGUAACACUCUUGGUAAUUUAAGUAAGAAGGUUGAAUCUAGAAUUGGUAAGAACAGAAUUAAUUUUAAGCCUUAUACUGCUAAACAAUUGUCUGAGAUUACUACUAAUUCUAAUAGAAAGGUGGUUGAUUUUUUAUCUAAGAAAGUGGCUGCUACUAGUGGUGACAUUAGAAUGCUUAAUAGAUAUUUGAAAGAAAGUGGUUCAAAUAUUAAAGAAAUUUCAUCAAAUAUUAAGUUGAAUAGUGAAACUCUUUUACAAAAAUUUGUUAAAAAUUUAAUAUUUGAUGAAAAGGUUAUUUUAGUGAGUUUAUUAGAAAGUAGUUCUAUAACUGUUACAGAUGGUUAUAAUGAAUAUAAGCAAUUUUGUAAGUUAUCUGGGAUGAAAUUUACUGAUUUUAUGAAGUUUUAUGAUCUUGUUUCCCACUUGGUUGAUAUUGGUAUUUAUAAGUAUCUUAAAAACAAAACAGUUGUUAUUUCAUCAUUUUAUAGAGAAGAAAUUGAAAAUGUUUUAGAAACUGAUAAGAUUUAUGUAGAUUUAAUAAAAAAACAAAAUAAUAAAAAAAUUAACCCUUAA